UUCCCCGGUGGGGAUCUCCCGGCUUUCCUAUUGGCUCCCUCGGGCGAGUUCUGGGCCGAAGCUCCGCCUUCUCUUUCCUUGGUUCUUUAAGCGCAGGAGAUGCAGGAUUCUGCCUUCUCUCGUGAGCUGUGACUUACCCUGUCUUAAUACUUCUGCAACCGGCCCAAGUGGGAAGAUGUAGCUAUGAGGCUGUUCAGAGUUUAGAUUCUUAGAUUUGGAAGUUUCUUAAUCUACACUCUGCGUAAAUGACACACGGAGGAGAAUCAAGGACUAUCUGCAAGGCAGUUCCAGCACAGAAAUCGGGGAAUCUGAAAUUCAGAGCUUUUACAUGUCCUUCCUUGCAUCUGUAUUGUUUGCGUUUGGAUUUCUGUGGGCCUGAUCUCUGCCGUAUAACCUGCCAACGACACAUUUCAGGUUUCCCUUGGUAGAAAUGAGGCGGGAUAGACCACAAGAACGGGCAGCUAGCUGGCCAGCAGAGCACAUCAAGGUGCUCCUUGCCCUCUGGACGGAGGCAGCGGUCACUCAUGAUCUUAGCUCCCACGGGAGGAACCGUGCUGUCUACGAUGGCAUUUCUCAGCGUCUUGCCGAAAUGGGCAUUUAUCGGACCGGGGACCAAUGCCGUGAAAAAAUGAAAGGCUUGAAAGUGGCUUACCGCAAGGCUAAGGAAAAUAACUCUGUGGGGCGUCCGCCUAUCAAAUGUCCCUUCUAUGAUGAAAUUGACCAGAUAAUGACACAGUAUAUAAACUGUAGGCCCGGUUUUUCCUCUGAGGCUGGUGAAGGGUCCAGUGUCACUGCGGACAGACAGGAAGGCCUCUCCAUCUCCGAGCCCUGGGGCACCCAAUCCAGCAUCACUGAGCGUUGGGCAUCCCAGGCCUCUGGGCAUUGGCUGUCCCAGACAGCUGCCUCCGAAAGCCAAGGGACCGAUGAAUUCAGCUACACCCAGGCAGAGACUCAUGAUGCUUUUGGCGAGAUCCAAGUCAUCCCGGUUCAGGUGAAGGAAGAGGAAUCAGAAGAUGAAAUCUCACCUGAGCUGGAUGUGGCCUCUCCCAUGCUAAUGGAGAUCCAACCUCCACGCAGGCAGCUCAUCUCCAUGCUUGACCAACGUCCCCAUCUUCGAACUCGGAAACAGAAGGUGCAGGGGGAUGGGCAGACGAGGGGCGCUGGCCCGAAGUGCGCCCGUUCACUUCCGUCGGAGCUGCAGAGAAUGCAGAAGCAGGUUGCCAUCCAAGCCGAGGAGAAACAGAGUUUAGCAGAGUUCAUCCAGCACGACAAGGAGAUGCGGCAGGAGGAUAGGGAGUUCCAAGCCCAGCUCUUUGAGAAACUUUUCCAGAAACAAACGGAGCUGGUCCAGGCGCUAACUCAACGAUCUCCGGCCAGUCCUAGUUCUCCUGACUGCCCUCAUCCGUUGCAGGCCUUGCAGAUGUCCGUGAAGAACGGAGCAGGAGCAGCCGCCGCGGGGCCUAGCUCAUCCCUACAGGCUUUAUUAGAACAGAUAAUGCAGUCCGACCUCCCAGGCAAGAGUCUAAAUAGAGUUGCAGUGAAAGAAGCCCUCGGGGGAAGAGUUAAGGUGCCUCCUGAAGUGCAGUAUUGGACGGCCGAAGAGAUACUGAGGUGGCUCUUGUCUCAGCAGCCUCCUGCAGACCAUUGCCAGGAGAUGCUGUCUGGACCAAGGCUCCCUUUCCCUGUGGGGCACCUGGGAUUAACAGGGAAGGGUGACAACUCAGAGGCCCAUCUCUCCCUUUUGAAUCCCUUAUGCGAUUCAUACCAGAGUUCUCAGCAGCAAGGCAGGGACCAGCUCCGCAACAAGGCCCAACAUCUGUGCGCCAGCAAUUGUGCUAAAGCGCUUGAAACAGACGUAGACUUAGAGACCCGCCGACAGUCGUUCAGGCAGUUCCAUUAUCAGGAGGCCCAGGGUCCCCAGGAAGCGUACAGGGGCCUGUGGCGGCUUUCCCACCAGUGGUUAAGGCCAGAAGUGCGUAGCAAAGAGCAAAUUAUGGAGCUGCUGGUGGUGGAGCAGUUCCUGAACAUACUCCCUGAAGAGAUCCAGACCUUGGUACGUGAAUGCCAGCCAGAAAACGGCAAGGAAGCCGUGGCCCUGGCGGAGAGAUUCCAGCUCCAUUUCGAGUCCAAGAGGCAACGGGACCAAGUACGCGUUACCUCGGAUAACAUGGUUGCAGAUUCCCCUCCAGAAGACUUGAAUGAGAAUCAGAGACAAUCCUGCAUAAAAGACAGUCGAGAAAAUCCCAGGAAGGUUGGCUUACUAGGUACUGAAACGCAUCUCCAGCUGAGGAAGAGAGCCAGAUCAGAUCCGAGGGAGCAGAUUGUGCCCAAACAGGAUGGAGAACAUGGUGUGGCGGCAGCCAAGCAGAUGAAGUUGAACAGUAGCGUAGACGAGCAAGACAUGGCUGAAACUAGGAAGGAAGCCCCAAAAAUGCCCACCUCUGCGCCAGGGAAGCGAGCGGGGAAAGCGAAAGGGCGGGGAAGAUCUGUUCCCAGUUAUAUCGCGGCUGGGGAAAGCCAGGCGGAGGGGGAAGCUAAGACGAAAGGCGGUGGCCGAGUUUCAGAAGCCGCGAAUGGGAUUCUGCACGAGCAGAAAGCAUCGGCUAGUCUCGGGACGUCUCAGUUGGCUUUUGACAAGGACGCAACCGUGUCCAGUCCCCAACCCGCCCACGAUGGUCACGGGUCUCCUGACGUAGACAGACCUUCAUUUAGUGACAGCAUUGACAUUUUACUGGAUUCUCCCUGGAGUGGAAAUGGCAGUGGUGACACAGCCCAAGACGGUGGGCCCGGUCCCAGGAUGCUACCCCGCUGUGUGGGCUGCACCAUGUUGAAGGCUGAGUUGGAUACAGUCCGCGAGGAGCUCCAAUUAACCCAAGCUUCUACACUGUAUGGGUUGAGUGGCACCUCUUUUCAGGACUUAUCAGAGGCUCUUGGCACAGUUGUACGGGUCCUGAGCAACACAAACUCUUUGCCAGGAACAAACACCCCCCAAAACAUUGCUGAAAUCCCUAGUAGGCCAGCAUGGCGAGAAAGAAACCAUCUCUGAAUCCUUGCAUGGGCCGAAUGUACCCUCCCAAAUCAAGAAAUUCAGCAGCAAUAUUAGAAGCGCCUGAUUUAAAAGGAGAGUGAAAAGCACCCUUUGCUCUUGGUUGCCUGAGACUUACAACUUAUCCCUGCCCGUGAUUCCCUCUCCUUUCCCCAUCCUGUUGGAUUGCUUAGACUACAGCAGGCUCUGAUCCAGAGGCUCUUUCCCUGCGAUGGUGCAAAUGUUGUCAUUCCUUUACCCUUGGUUUUUUUCCCCCUUUUAUACUGUAGUAAUCUCUUUCUUCCCUUUCCUGCUUGAGUUUAAAUAAAGCAACUGGGAAUGAUUGACUGUACCCUUUAUGGGCAAUAAACAGCAUGUGCAUUGACCCAAUUAGCACAGAAGUCUG